AUGGACAUCCACUCUCUCGCUAAGAUGGAUAUCGGCGCAUCGAAGCAGCAGUCCAACUUCGCCAAAGCUCAGAAACCACGCUCGGCCACGCAACAGUCCAAGCCGAACGAAGUCAACUCAGACCCAUGCACCACCUGUGCCCAGGCUUGUCCCAAACCAAUCUUGAUCUGCACAGAAUGCGCCGACGGUACGGAUCAGCAUGGUACUGCAACAACAACGAUCUAUUGCGAUACGAAAUGCCGCGCGGCUGAUACGAAGCACGCCAAAUUAUGCGCUGUCAAGAAUCAGCAAAAGGAGCUGCACCGUUCCGGCGAGAUCUUGCAAGCUAUCUGGUUCAUCUGGCGCGAGGUUGCCUUCGACAUGAAGCUCAGUCAUAUCGAGAAGAAGAAGGCUGCGUCAGGAGAGGAUUUGCUGUUCUUCCACGAAGGCGACUACACCGAUCACAAUGAGGGUCCCCUCUAUCCUCUGCCAGCGCUCGCGAAUAUGGACGAGAAAGACAAACAGGCAGUGAUCACGCUGAAUUCGUGCGGCGACGCCAUGGGCUUUCUCCAUGGGCUUUCCAAAAAGCUUCUGGCUGGAAUUUCUGACGGAAUUUGGGAGAACUACGCCGCAGUCAAAGAGUCAGACUACUACGUCCACCAAGUGCGGUGCACCGGCGAGCCUUUCAAAUUUUCCCCGAUACACCAGUACCUCACCACUCGUUUGAGUACGAACGGCAAAAUCUAUGUGCUCGAUCCCUCCGGCGCUCAGCUUGGGCAGCACCAGGCCGUGCUUGCUCCUGGCCGUCGACUGCAAUGGAUGACGAACAAUGUGCAGGUGGCAGAGCAUGGGGCAUGUGCAAUCAACUCGGCGGUAAUGCGUAACCGCCACCCCAACGAUGCCCCCCCAAGCACAGACUUCCGUGUUGGCCACGUGCAAGAAGCUGUAUGUCAGAAAGUAAUGAAAGUCGUCGAAGUGUGGGAGCAAAGCCGUACCAGCCUCCAGCAGCUGCGGCGCGAAGAUCGGGCAAAGUACGUUACUGCUAGAGACUCCUUGCUGGCUUUCAUCCGGGUUUCGCUGCGCAAGUGGGUUGCCGAUUACACUUCUGGAGCCAUCACGGUGCACAUUCCGGAGUAUCAACGACCCGGUCCAGACACGUUCAAACCGACACCAUACAUUCAGUCAAAGGCGGGCAAGUCCAAGAAGCGCAAUGACGCGAUCGACCCAUCGGACAUCUGCGGAACUCCCCAAUUCUUCGCGAAGCUCGCAUCGCAGGGCGUCAAUAUCCACUACGCUUAG